AUGGAUGCUGUAAAUAGGGGCAAAGGAGGUGUUUUCUUCCUGUAUGGUUAUGGUGGUACAGGCAAGACCUUUGUUUGGAAAACAUUAGCUGCUGCAAUCCGCUCCAAGCGAGAAAUUGUGUUGAAUGUAGCCUCGAGUGGAAUAGCAGCCCUAUUACUUGAAGGUGGUCUAACAGCUCAUUCGAGGUUUGCUAUUCCAAUUAAUAUUACUGAAACAUCAUUCUGUUGUAUUCGUCCGGAUAGUGAUCUUGCGGGUCUAAUACGUCAAACAAAACUCAUUAUUUGGGACGAAGCCCUAAUGGUUCAUAAGCAUUCCUUUGAAGCUUUAGAUAGGACUUUUAGGGACAAUCUGAGAUCAUCCAACCCGAACAACAUGAAUGAACCGUUUGGUGGGAAAGUUGUAGUAUUUGGUGGUGAUUUUAGACAGGUGCUGCCGGUUCUCCUUAAUGCGUCAAGGCAGGAUGUUGUUAUGGCUUCUCUGAAGUCAUCAUAUUUAUGGCAUCAUUGUAAACUUUUGAAGCUCACAAAAAAUAUGAGGUUGACAGUUGGGGAAUCUACUGACUUGGAAGAAAUAAGACAAUUUGCUGAAUGGAUUCUAGAUAUUGGAAAUGGCACAGUCAAUGAACCAAACGAUGGUGAAGCUACAAUUGAAUUACCAGAUGACAUCCUCAUAAAAGAUGAAGGGAGGAAACCCAUUGAUUCUAUUGUUGAUUCAGUUUAUCCUGACAUUUCAUCAAAUAUGUCGGAUCCAUCCUUUUUUCAAGACAAAGCUAUUCUUGCACCUACGCAUGAAGUAGUUGAUAUCAUCAAUGAGCAUGUCAUGUCAAAAAUUGCCGGUGAGGAGAAAGUCUAUCUGAGUGCAAAUUCGAUAUGUGAAGAUGAGGGGUCCGAUUUUAACGAAAAGUUGUACACUCAAGAUUUUCUCAAUAGUAUUAAGGUUUCUGGCAUACCACACCAUCGUCUAGUUCUAAAAGUAGGUGUCCCUGUUAUGUUACUUAGAAACAUAGAUCAACCAGGUGGAUUAUGUAAUGGCACCAGACUUAAAAUACGAAAACUUGGUGAGCAUGUGAUCGAGGCUCAGAUAAUUUCUGGUAGCAAUGCGGGAAAAAUCACCUUCAUUCCACGCAUGAAACUGAUCCCAUCGGACAGAAGAAUACCAUUUCGUUUUCAAAGAAGACAGUUCCCGUUAUCGGUUUGUUUUGCCAUGACUAUCAACAAAAGUCAAGGUCAGAGUUUGGCCCAAGUUGGUUUGUACUUGAAGAAUCCAGUUUUUAGUCACGGCCAGUUGUAUGUUGCCCUUUCGAGAGUAAAAAGCAAAAAAGGAUUGAAGGUUUUGAGUUUGGAUGGUGAUGGCAAGCCUACAAACACCACAAAGAACGUUGUUUUCAAGGAGGUUUUGAGCAAUUUAUAA